AUGCAUUUUCGUACCCGCCCAGAUGGGGCACUUAUGCGUCAUGGGGGAAAAGUUAAGGGUUCUGAAUGUCCCGGCUCUCUCGCCAGGCCUCCGGUGGUGCUAAAACGUAUGUCUUUGGGAAAUGCUGGUAAUCUUUCUAUCAAGAAAAAUCAUGUUGUGCUUGCCCCAAAAUGCGACACGGCUGAUGAAUUUUUUUCUAGAUCUGCCAAUUUUUGUUUGCAUGAUCAUCUUUCCAAGCAGUGCAGACCCAAAUUUAGUCAGGUGUUGGCCAAGGUUUUGCAAGCAGACUUCAUAAGCAGACUCUUAUGA